GCAGAGCUGCAAGCAAAUCCACACCGAUUUAACCUUCCUCUUGAUCGAUCGCACGCACGGCUACAGUUCUCGCGUCUCCUCUAAAAGAAGUGCAAUAUAAUUCUCAUCGUCGUCGAGGCUCACCCAUGGCGGCGUCCGCGCGCACAUGCCUGGUGGUGGCAGCGCUGGCGUGCGCCCUAACGCUGGCCCUGCACACGGCGGAUGCGCAGGCGGACGAGGGCCAGAAGCCCAAGUGCGCUUCGGGCGCCGCCAUGCCGUGCCGUGUGGGCGCGUUGCGCGACCCGGAGAACCAGGAGGAGGAGGGCCUGUUGAACGUGAAGGUGCCGAGCAGCGCGGCCGACGACGACUACAGCGAUCCCGACCAGCCCAAGGACCCCGACGAGUCCGACGGCGAUGACCUGGUCGUCCUCGGCCACUGAUACGACCGACCGUCUGGUCUGACACGAUCGAUCAUGUGCGCGUGGCACUUAGCAUUACAUUUUUUUUUGAACACCACUUAGCAUUACAUUUGUUCUUUAUUUUUUAGCCAUCUUUUGGUUCGUCAAGUAGAUAGUGUGCGUGGACCGCGGAUGUGUGUUUUCUAAUAAAGUUUAUUAAGGGAUUUGAACA